AUGUCCCGCCUCCCAGAUAGCUACACCUACUACAGCCACAGCCACAGUCGCAGUCGCACUCACAGACCAUCUUCCACACCCCCAUACACCCAAACCCAAACACCAGACUCCCACCGCUAUGAUACCUCAGCCCACACCUACGGCCCAACAUUCGACACCCUCUCCUACCGCGAAACCCCCUCCUCCGCCUCCGGAGAAACAGGGGAGGAGAAGGGAGAGGAGGAGGGAGGAUACUGA